CCAGGCCCAAGUGGAUAAACGUGAACUUCAACUCUACCAACCCCCCCAGCAGACAUCAUCAAACGUGACCAUCCCAAUAUUCGGGGAGAAAUAAGAAUAUCAAAUAUCGCAUCACCAUCUACCAAUCUAUUUAUCCGUCAUAUCGUUAACAUCAAUCAUGGGCUCACUCGCCGAGGCACCUAGCAACCUUCAAAUCCCCUUGAUCGACAUUUCCGGCUACCUCGCCGGCGAUGCCACACAAGCCAAAAAGAUUGCCAGCGAGCUCCGCUCCGCCUGUAUGGCACCGGGAUUCUUCCAAAUUACAGGCCACCAAGUCCCCGCGUCGCUGCGCGCCGAGCUUCUCUCCAAGUUGUCGCAAUUUUUUGCUCUUCCCGCAUCCACCAAACAAGCCCUUCAUCGUAGCCAAUCCAAAUGUCUUCGCGGGUAUGAAACUGUCGGAGAGCAGAAACUCGAAGGCGGGUUCUCAGAUCAAAAGGAAGGCUUCAUGAUUGGACCUGACUUUCCUGCCGAUGCGCUUUUCCUGCAAGGGCCAAAUCAGUGGCCAGCAGAGGAAGAUGCGCCAGGCUUACGACAAGUUUAUACGGCUUACUUUGAGGAGAUUCUCAAUUUGAGUAAAACCAUGUUUCGGUUGAUGGCCUUGAGUCUAAAUUUGGAGGAGACAUAUUUUGAUGAGUUUGUGGGUAGUAAAGACUCGAUUUCCAUGUGUCGCGCUCAUCGAUAUCCUCCAACAACGCCAGAGAUGGCCAACAAGUCAAGGGGCAUUGGUGCACACACAGACUUCGGCGCUUUGACUUUGCUGAUGCAAGAUGAUAUCGGUGGCCUUGAAGUUUUCCAUAAACCUUCAGAAACAUGGCACCAGGUAACUCCCAUUAAAGACGCAUUUGUGGUCAACAUUGGAGAUAUGAUGGAACGAUGGACCAAUAAUAUGUAUACUUCAACUCUUCAUAGGGUCAUCUCGCCCGUCUCCACCAAGGACCGAUAUUCUGUUGCCUUUUUCAACGAAGGGUUGGGACACCAACUGAUUGAAUGCAUCCCAACAUGCCUGCAGCCAGGAGAAAAGCCGCGACAUGAGCCUAUUAGAGCCGAGGACCACCUUCGUGCCCGGUAUGGCAACAGCUACUGAGAGCCUCUUGGGAAGCAGGUGACUGCAAAAGAAUCAAUAGUUGUGUCGAGUAUCAGGUCCGUAGUGAGAGAAGCGCAUGGACAAGCCAUCUGACGUCGUUGACUACCCAAGCCAAAGCCUGAUCAUUCGCUUCUCUUCCCAAUGCGUGGCAAGAGCGCCCACGUCAAGGUCAUGAAAGCAAAAGAUAUUAAUACGAUCGGGUGCAGGACCACUGUACCCAAUUUUUGAGCCAUUAGACCGGUGAUGAAAGGAACCAAUGCGCCUCCAGAUGAACCCAUGGAUGUGAC